AUGGGAGCAACAUCUCUGAAGGGAGGUGAAGUAGAGCCGGUCGGCUGCUUAAGGCAAGGAAGAUCCGGCAAGGUGAUCACUGAAGCUCGACGAAGAGGCAGCGACCCGGAGGCGUUCACGGCAGGCUGUUUGAGGUGGUGCAAUAGCAAGGGUGUUGCCAGCAGGGGAGGCCUUGGCAUGGUAGCUCACCACGGAGGUGGCGAGUGGUGGCUUGGUGCAGACAAGGCGAAGGAGCGAGGCCAAGGUGGAGGUCUGAAGCGACUCGGCGCGAAGCCCUCCCAGUGA